CUUUCCCACUCUCUCACUCACUCUCCUCGUACGUUCUUUCCCCACUGCCUUGAGUGAACGACCAAUAUAGGUUCCGAAUAUCAACGGAGAAUGUUAGUGGCGCAGCGUAGAACCAUGAGCUCAAAACUAUUGUAGAUACCUGAAGCAAGAAGCCUCUAUUCGCUUAGAACCAAUUACAGUCGGUUUAAGGUCUUAAUUUACUGUUUUAGAAGAAAUAACACGAGUAGUGUUAGACAGUCAUGAUUGUUUUGUGGAUGGCUGUUUCUCACCUCUUUGGAUUAUGUACUCAGGCUUUUUAUGAGACUUGGUAGUCUUCUGUCGUUUGGCUACAGUGGAGAAAAAGGGAGGCACAUGAUGAAAAGCGCGGGGUUGUUACUCGGUUACUUUUUGGUGAAAGUUCUUGUGUGCAACGCGGAGGGGGAGCCAGGGCAGGAACUUGACGGCAUUGUUAUGGUCAACGACUCGAAAGAUGUGGAGAAUAGCAUCGCUGAAGUCCCACACAAAGAAGGCAGGUGCAGCGGUUACUACGACGUUAUGGGUCAGUGGGACCCUCCCUUCAACUGCACCACGGGCAGUUACCUGUACUGCUGCGGGACCUGUGGCUUUAGAUUCUGCUGCGAAUACAAAAUCUCGCGGCUAGACCAAACCACCUGCAAAAAUUACGACACUCCACAGUGGCUGAAGACCGGCAAACCCCCACCGAAAAGGAACGACCCUGCACACGACCCCACCAAGGAUAAGACUAAUUUGAUUGUGUAUAUAGUAUGUGGUGUCGUGGCUAUUAUGGCACUCGUUGGGAUCUUCACGAAAUUAGGACUAGAGAAGGCGCACCGACCACACAGAGAAAACAUGUCCAGAGCUCUUGCCCAGGUGAUGCGCCAGCCUGCUCCAGGAGAACACUCAGAAGGCAUUGGAGUACAUGGCCAGCACUAUGACACCAUGCAAGUCAGCAGACCACAAAUCACUAAUCAACAGAGCAACCAGAUGAACAGUGUGGGCUCAGGAUCAGCUAUGAUGGCAGGCUUAACCCCACCACACCCUUACCCUCCCAUUGGACAGCUCAACCACCCCUAUGAGCAACAGCAACCUGGCAAGGAGAUCAACAAAUAUGCCUCCCUAAAGGCUGUUGCGGAGAAGUCAAAUGAGAACUUCUACACCAACCGGCGGCACAUGGUGGAGAUGACGGCCAAGGGCAGCCUCCCCAUGCAGCCGGUCCGUGUGGAGCCUGAGCCCAGCAACCCUUACAGCCCCCCGCCGCAGCCCUCCCUCAAGCAGAACGGACACAAGUCCAAAAGCAACAAGACCCACAGCUCCCACACCUCCCACACCCUGGCCUACAGCUCCAACACCAUGGGCGCCUCAGGCAUGUUUAAGGGCUGGGACGACACAGAGACCCUGGGGCGGCGGCAGACCUAUGACCCUAAGAAACACUGCACCAUGGAGCAGGUGAACGAGAUGCACACCCUGCGCAGCCAGCACUAUCUGCCCCCGCAACCCUACUUUGUCACCAACAGCAAGACAGAAGUGACUGUGUGAUGGGCCCCAACUACCCCUACCACUAGAAUCGCAGCUGCAAGACAGGGAGCAGGGGAAAUAUCAGACACAAAACCGAGGGGUUGGUCAAGAGGCGGAAGAAGAAUUGCAGUGCUUGACUCUGACCCUCUUUUUAGGGAGUCAAGUGUGUCUUUGUGCGUGACUCUGCAUGUGAUUGCCAUGUAUGAAAGUCCUGCAGAAAGGUGAGAGUGACAACAGAAAAAUACAGCGCUUCACACCUCAAAGGGUUAUUUAAAUAAUCACUGUAUUGCUGAUUAUAAUGCAAUCAAUAAUCACAUCAAGUCUGACUAAACCCGUGAGCAAAGAAGUCUAACCUCUGAUCAUUCAAAUUACCAUUCAGGCUACAAAUGUCAGUAUUUAAUGACAUCUCAGCGGGCCUGUAAAAUGUCCGAUUUAUGUUGUCCAUAUCGAAUGAUUCAAUGGGACUACAGUAUAUCUGAACACAGUUUAGAGUUUUGUGUUCAUCGAUUGUUGAAGAAAGGUUCCUCAUACAUGUUGUAUAUACUGUAAUGAGAGAGUUAUUCAGCACUUCAUCUUAAAGCAAGCUCAUGUAUGUCAGAGACAGGGAUGACGUUGCAAAACAGUGAUAACUCCAUAUCUAUACCAACAGCAUAGUCGUUCAUUUAGAGCUGAUGAAUCAAGUCUUUACCAAACUGGUUCUGUGGUGUUCUUAUACACCGCACUCUCACUGAAGUUAGGGACUGUGCCUUUUUCAAAGAGGAUUCAAUACUGUUCGUAUCAAAUAGCUCUUAGAAACAUUCCUUAAAAGACCUUCUGGACAUGAGGAUAAAUGAAUGCUCCAUCUUAAUCAAGCAUGUCCAAUUUCAACUUUCUUAUAUCAGUAAUGGUGUGGAUAAUGUAAUUUUUUUUCUUAAUUCAGCAAUGCAUUGUUGGUAUUAUCCUUACCCUGAAACUAAACCUAACUCCUUCUGUAAAGUCACUGCCAGUAACUUAGCUAAUAAUGUGUUUUUUUUAUAUUCUUCAGCAGAUAAAGUAGCAUAGAUCAAUGUUCAACCAGGGUACAAUGGCCUCUCAUUUGACGGUGCCAGCAAGUAUUUGAUUAUCCUACAGUAGAUGAUGUCCAAGAGAUUCAGCUGUGGCUGUUGAGAGACCAGAGCUAACCUUAGAGAGGAGCAUUUUAUGUAGAAUGAUAUGAAACUCAGGAUGAAGAAAGAGAAUGCCCUCUGAAAUUAUCUCAUUUCAUGUGCCCUUCUAAUCCUUUUGUUUUAACAUACAUAGUGAAAAAAAAAAUCCCAAAUCAUGUAUCAGUAAAUUUAAUUCAGUUUAGCAAUAUUCAGUGUUAAAUAAUAAUAUUAAGUGUUAACUAUUAUACUGUUAAAAUUAACAGAUGAUAGUAAAGGAAAACAUGAUUUUUACACCUAGGAAGGACAACUACAAAUGGAAUAAUGUUUAUGAUACAUGCUUGUCUUGGAUUGGUCAGAUUAUGUUUUAGUCCCAAAUCUCUUCAAAGUCGACUGCCACUCUACAAACAUACAAUAAGCUAUGUAAGCCCCUACCGAUCAAUGCCGUUACUCUCAUUCGGAAGACAAUUUUGGAGUUAAGUGGGCUAGUUGUGCGUCAUCAAAUAAAAACGUAGGACUAUUUCAAUGAAAUGCCUCAUUCUGGGAAUCCCACAUGAGCAUAAUGCAUUAACAGUUGAGAUGCCCGCCUAGCUUACCAAAAAAAGACAUUCUGAAGGGCUUCUGAUGCAAUUUGCCAUGUGUUGCGUUGCGUUUGCUGCCAAGUGAUGCAGACACAUCCCACACCUUGUCUGCAUGUCUUCACUUGCGGUUCAACUUUCUAAAGGUUUCCUCCCUGCGUUUCAGCCAGGCAGCUCUAAUGGCAGCCAUUAGAGCCACAAGGUGGCUCUAAUGGCUGAAGUAGAGGAAGCCGUCUUGUCAUUCAUUUGCUCCACAUGACGACUGCUGAAAAUACAUGUCCACGUUGUCCAGCACAGUCACUCACCACUUCUUUAGAAACUUAAAAGGUACAUGCAUAUGGCCAAGACACUGUAGUUCUCCUAAUAAAUCACAUGGCACGUUUGAUAAAAACAAUAAUGUCCUGUGAAUUUAACAUAAAAUUGUCUUUAGAAAUACUUACUAGAUGUUUCUCUCAAUUUGAGGACAAUACAGUACCUACUUUGAGUCAUACAGUAACUAUCAAUUAGGCACACAUAUACCCAAAACAAAUACUUUGGAUGCAUUGACUCUUAAUUCAUACUGUUUCUUCUGUUUGAUGUACAGUAAUUACACAAUAGAUUGCUAUACAGUAUGCCUACAGUGUAACCAAGGCACAUAACCUGCUCUUGCCUCUAUAUGACUAUACAGUUGUCAAAAACCUUAUUUCACUUUUGCAUGUAAGUUGCCAUUACACAAACUGCCACACCUAUUAAUGCAGAUUCAAAUGUCUUAUGAACAAUAAUAUAGUUAUACUAUGUACAGUAUUGUUCGUUCACUAUAUAUGCAAGGCAUAUGUUUCACAUUUUUGCACCAGUCAUUGUCCCAAAAUGUAAUAAAACACGUCAGAGUACCAACUGUGUGAUGCAAAAAUACAAUAUUACAAGGUAUACCUACUUACAGUACCUAUGUAUCACAUUUGUAUUGUGUAUCAAAAGUGUAGUGUUCUACAACACAGUAGGUGUUAUUGUGUUGAAACUGUGGUUUAGUGCAAGGUUGUCAUGUUGAGUAGAACUACAAGGGCUGACCUUUUACUUAAAAAGCCACAGUUGCCACACAGACUAACAGCAUCAUCAUCUUUUGUUCAGGAGACAGGAAUCAACUGAGUAACCAAUAAUCACCAGAAUGUAAACUGUAACAAGUCAGCCCUUUUCUUACUGUAUUCUAUGUGCACAAAUUCAACCCUGCAAAAUGGGUUUUGGAGUGCCUGGUAGAUUGCACUUGUACAUGACAAAAGUUGGCAUGGACUGUAAAGUUAGUGAAGUAUUUUUGUUUUACAUGAAGGCCAUGAUGUCCAACAAUAAAAGUCCUUUAUGUAGUCAAAUACAGUGCAGUACAAGCUCUGUGAAAUGGGGGAAAAAAGGGGUGAAAAAAUUAGUCACCAUGAUACAUGACAAUAUGCUAGUGUUUAUUUGUUUGACUCACCGCCAGACAAAUUUAAAUCAAAUGUUAUAAUCAUUAUCUGUUCAAAUGUCCCUUUACUGUGUCUAGUAUAUGCCUGUAUGAGGCUAUAGUUCUAUGUAGUUGACAUUUGUUGUAUACAUGUGGGUUUAACGGUUAGAGUGUAACACCAACAAUUCUUAUUAACUGGACAAUUGUACUGGUGACCUGGACUGUACAUUGAGGGUUGAAGGUUGAAUAUGCCUGAUUAUAAAUGUGUAGGGGAAAGGAUUUACAUCUGUGGUCAGUAGAUCAUUUUGAACACAGAAACAGAUUUUUUAUAAAUGGACACUUGUCAUAAUGUGCAAGUUGUAAAAAGGGAAAAUCCAUUGUACAGUUCACACCUACAGUGCAAACAUAUUUACAAUAAAUCAAUUUAUCUUCAACACAUUUGUGUGCAUCGAAACAUACGUUAUUUUCUCCCUUUCUGUUUUCCACUUCUACACAUUUCCAAGGUUUUAGAUCGAACACACAGUAAUCCAAAUAGUGAAAACGAAAACACUCCCUGUUCCUACACCUGUAUUGUAAGAGCCUGAAAAGACUCUCACAAUCAAUCCACUGUGUGACGCAGGAAACAGACCCCACCUGCACAGUGUGCUGAGCCUGCAGAACAGACCAUUGUUUCAACUUCUUCUGUAUACCCCUUUGAUCAGCAUCUCAGGUCCCUGACAUGCCUGCAGGCUGAUUGUGUUCCAACACACAGCUAAUAAAGCCACUGUCUGGACACCUUGCUCCUAGUAUUGGAGUUAAUCUGCCUGUCCAGACUCAACACCCAUGUCAGCUCAUCUAUCUUCAAGGAAAGAGGCCUUUGUCCUGGUGUUGGGAGGAUUCUUAAUUCAAAUCCAAUAUGUCCCUAGUGCUUUUAUUAACAGGAAACUCUACUGACCUUUCAGUAACAACGAUUCUGUCCUCUUCCUGCAAUAUAAUCUUCCAUCAAAACCUGUGGCAGAAAUGUU